AUGCCGAAACCGGAAGAUAACUUCGUCACUCUUACAUCUAUGCUUGGUGCAAGCACUGGCAGUAUCAGUGUCGAUCUGCAAACGAUCCCUAGUGAACCGAUCCGUUUCAUGGCUGAUCCAACAGAAAGGAACCGCUUAGAAGAUAGUAUUAUUGCAUGGACAUGGAGAAAAUUUAUUGACAACCCAAUUAAUCCAUAUGAACUUGUCCUCAUGCCUAUGACCAAGGCUAGUGUUCGCGCUAUGGACGUUGUCCAACAAUUUGCAACUCAACUCGGAAUUCCUGUACCUGAGACAUUUGUUAUCAGUGGUGCUUCUAAGCGCGGAUGGACAACUUGGACAACUGCUGCUGUUGAUAAUGUGCGCGUCAUUGGUGCAAUACCUAUCGUGAUGGAUAUGGCUGAUUUUCAAAAAGUAACAAAGAACCGAUUUACUAGUUGA